AUGGGGCUACCCGGCCUGAUCACCUGCAGACGACUGGUUACGCAAGUUACCAAACAGGGGGGGAGCAUAUCAAACCAACUCUUAAUAAAACUGUACAUGUACAACGUGCCAAGGAUAAACAUCGAUGUGUAUUACGACAUCGUUUCUGCACUGAAACAGGGUGGAUCGCUGUGUCGGGAGGAGACUCCAAUUCUUAACGUGCCACAUUUCUCAGACGCAAACUUAAUUUUGUAUAAAUAUUUCCAAUACGUACAUUCAGGAUGUGAUAAAGAGAAGUUACUAAAAUUAAUGCUCCUUCUGUACAACAAAAAGUUACGAGAAUACAACGAUAAGAAAAUUUAUUUUUACAACUCCUCUGUGCAUGUGCACAAUUAUGUCUUCGAACAUUUUUUUUACUAUCAUCCCAACUUUUCCAACUUGAGGUUGAAGAGAAAAGAUGGAAGGAGCGUCCAUGGGAAGUACACUCUACACACAGAUUUUUUCCUAUACGUAUUGGACUUUUAUUUGUUUCAUUUGUCAAAAAAUUGCAAACUUCUGAAUAUAGAGCAGUUGAAUGUUCUUUCAAAUAUUUACGCAAAUGUGAGCAUUUCCCCGGAUGGCCACUCGGGGGAAGGGAUCACCCGGAUGGGAGGUGAACGUAUAGAGAGGGAACUCCCCCUAAAGGAUGCUUCACCCGAAGCGACCACCAUAGUUGAAGCUCAGACAAACAACAAGAUAUGUCUGCUGUUCGUUCACAUAUCGAGGGGCAUCAUCGCCCAAACGCAGUCCUACGUAACGAGAAAACAAACCACUUCGCCGGAAGAAGUCACCACUGCCAUGGAACUAACACAUACAAAUGUCAACACGUGUAAGACAAUUUUAAACCGACUCCUAAACAAAAGCGCAUCAGAACAACAUCGAGAAUAUCUCAUUUUAAAAAAAAAAUUCAAAAAAAAACUGCUAAAUGUGAACACUUUAAAAAGUUACCUGAACAGUGUUAAAUACCUGAACAUUAUGAACAUAAAAAAAUAUGUGUACAUGAUCCUUUACCUUUAUUUUAAUUCCUUCGUAUUUAAUAAGUCAGUUUACUUUUCCUCUCUCAUUUUUUACAUUUUACAAAAAUAUAAUUUACAGCACACAUACCUAUUUAACAUCCUCUUUAUCAAGUUUAACUUAUUUUUUUUGAAUUACAAAACGUUGAAUGAGUACAACAAAGGGGUCUUGCUUGAUGCAGUUGGGAGGUAUAUUGACUCCCUUUUGACAUUUCGAAUUAAGCAAAGUGGUCAUGGGGGAAUCAGAGCAACGCAGACAGAUAUAUUUCCCGGGGGGGAUCACCCGGAUGAACUUUUCUCCAACAUGUAUCAAAACGAAUUUGUAGAAAAUGCACACAUUUAUAAAAAACUCCACCAGGAGGAGUACAAAUGCAGAAGAAUUUUCCCCAAACAUUUCACAUACUUUGAAAAUGCCCUACUCAACUUGUUCAAAUAUUUGUAUUACAAUGUUACCUUCGCGAAGGAAGAAAAUGUCACACGUGUGAGGAAAAUUUUUGUGGAAAAAAAAUAUAACAAAUUUUGCCUGACUUGGUCAGCACAUUUUUUGUCCAAUGUUGUGCUGCUAUCCAAUUAUGUGCAGAACUGCCUCCCCGUUCUUUUUUCCUUCAUGCAAAGGAUUGUCACGGUUAGGGUGAAACGUACCACACAAGGGAUGAAGCGGAACGGGACUCUCACUCUACAUAGGAGAAACGUACUCAUUGGUUAUGAUGAACUGGGGAAAGCCGCCCCAGCACGACAUGCACACAUUUUUUGUGAGAAAAAUACCCAUAUGCAAAGAGGCGCAUUAAAUCCAUUUUCAUCCCUUUUGACGCACAUAUACCGCACAUUUAAGGAGGUAAUUGUUAAGUGCCGCCCAAAUGAUGAGGAGAAAAUUACGAACAAACCCCCCAAAUGGGAAGCAGAAUCGAUUAUGUUCAGGAACAUAAAAAAAAAUAGCAAUAACAAAAUUCGAACGAGUCUCACACACUACUACGUUAGCAGCAGUUUUAAAAAAAUCAGGGACGGUAACCUGAUCAAUGAGAAGAACAUUUUGACCUUCUACUGUGACAUUUAUUUUAAUAACAACAUUGUCGAGGUUGAUGGGCCUAAGCAUUUUCUCAUUUACUACAAUUUGGAAAAUAAUGCUGACGACGGUAGCCAGUUUGACAGCAUUUGUUACCCCCCCUUCAUCGCCACCCAUAGGGACAUUUUCGACUUCAAUUUUGUGUUUCCCUUCUUUUUCAAUAACGCAAAGGUGAUGCAUUUGAAGGACCGCCAAAGUGGCCACUUCUACUUCUACAAUGACAAGAGCGUGAAGAAAAACUUUUUUCUCUACAUCAACGGUUAUUUUGUGAAGCACAUAAACUGCUACGAUCGGGACAUAACGAGCUUCAAAUAUCUGCACGACGUGUUGUUCAGGAGGGGGAGUGACUUCCACGUUGCAAGGGGUGGGGCGUAUCAUCAGGUCGAAUGUGCCAAAUGA